GAGACCCCCAGAAAAAUCAUUGCUUCAGAUUGAAGCCUAUCUUUCCAAGUUAUAAGAAAUUGGUAGAAUCUAUCCUAAUUGUUGUUUAAUAUACAAAAAUGGUUGAUGAUAAGGUAGAAAUGGCUAAUAAUAAUGAACAAUUUCUGGCAACAAAUGAUCCCAAAAAUGUGCAGGAACUGACCCAAUAUGUUCAAAGUUUACUUCAAACCAUACAAGACAAGUUCCAAAACAUGUCUGAUCAGAUUUUAACACGAAUCGAUGAGAUGGGAAAUAGAAUUGAUGACCUGGAAAAAAACAUAGGCGACCUAAUGACUCAAGCAGGAGUUGAAGGAACGGAAAAAUGAUUGUCGUGUACUGGUCAUGCUGUACAGUUUUAAUGAAGUUUAUCCUGUAUGUGUACAGCUGGUAAAAGAAACAAUCUAUUCCUAAAAUUGAUAUGUAUUAAUCAUUUCAUUUUUCCAUGGAAUUUUUUUAUUGUAAGCUAUUUGUGAUCAUUUACUCUCGAUUAUUUCAUAAUAAAAUGUUUGGUUCCUUAAA